UUGACUGCUGUUGUUUUGUGUGUAGAGUAAAAAUUAUCUUAAAAUAAAUAACACUCCUAUGUGUUGGUUUUGUAAUAUAUCUUUUGUUAAAAGUUGAAUAAAACACUCGGGCGUUUAUCAUAUUAUGUUGAUUUUUGUACUUAUUUAAGCGUUUUGUCCCUGUGAUAUAAGAAGUUCAUCUCGGCUUUGUUGAAAGUGUACCGAAGUGACAAGUGCCAGCUAGGAUAUAGGCCCUAGGUGAUAAUAUCAAAAGUUGUUUCAUUGUUGGAUUAGUGAUUCCAGAAUAAAGUUGUGACUCUUCGUAAUUAAUUCAUUCUAGUCAUAUGUUCUGGAGGGAGAAAGAUGUGAACUGCACCCGCCCAGCGGCGCUCUGAAAGAGUGCAUGAUGGAAGAGAAGAAAAACUCAGGCAGCGGCGGCGGCCGAAUGGUUGGUUCUAAGGUUUCCCAGAUAGCAAACAUCUUCCAGGCUAUGGCACCAUCCCCAGGUGAUGUGCUUGGUAGUCCGGGAGACGUACCUAAACACGUCGGGGACACCACGGUAACUGUUGUGCGCACGGAGAGCCACGUCGCACGCUUCAACAACGCACGAGCACUCUUUGAGAAACUAGGUUCCGGGGACGAGGCGAAGGUAAAGAAGCCAGAUCUGAGGUCGAGGUCCAGCUCAACAGCGUCGUCUGUUGGAGGUGACUCACCUAACAGAGCUACUCGGGACCCCUCACCCAACCUCAUACCCUCACCUACCAUCCCUACACAGGUAACAAGAACAACAAACGGUGUAACCGGUAAAGUAACUACAAAUGGAACCCAUGAUAUCAACCCAGUGAACAACGAAACUCCCUAUGGGUUUGUGAAACCUUCGGCUGUGAAAAGUAAAGAAAGUGUUCUGAUGACAUCAAAGAUUGUGUCUGUGAAACCGGUGAGUUCGGAAAACAGUGCAGUGAAAAGUGUUUCUAGGACGGUUGCUAACGGAGUGAUGGUUGGCGAGAAACUGGCAAAACCGGAAAAACCGGAGAAACCCGAGAAACCAGAGAGGCGACUGAACAGUCGAGAACUGAUAGAGAAACAGAAGAAUUGGACGGCACAUUUCUCUAAAGCACGAACAAGUCCUAGGUACAACAGUGAUCCCAGCACCAAACCUGUAGAGCCACCUGCAGUAUCUGUCAAUAAGUCUGCUUCAUUCAACUUGCCUAGGACAGCCAGGUCGCCGCCUCCACCUCACCCCACCACACCACCUCCCCCACCACCAACACCACCAACUAUCAUUGCGAGAAGUCCGUCACCAACGUCUGCCACACCUUCAUCACCUUCACUACCUGCUACACCCACCCCUGCUACACCCAUUCCUACUACACCCACUCCUGCUACACCCACCAGCUGCACCACUACUACCACCAACGAGCUCAACUCUACAACAUCUCCUGUUAGCCCUGUCUCUCCAGGCCGAGGGGUAGAUGACAAGCGUAGGAGAGAAGAAGACGUUAGUGAUGGACUCGUGGAAGGUGAAAACAAUGAUCUCAAGAGACAUAAGGUGGAGCUGUCGGCUUCUGUGGCUGAACUGCUUGAGGCCGAGAGACAUCACACCACGACUGUCAUGGCAGCUUCGCCUUCAGAGCCGAGCUACAAAUUCUCGUCGGAAGCCAACGAAGGUGUCUACCAUUUCCAACCAGCCACAGUGACACCAGCCUCAUUGGCUCUGGACAGACUUGAACAACAACUCAGCCCGCCGGAGAGCGAGGAGGAUUUGUUGUUGAAGAAACUGGACGACAUACAGUUAUCCAAGGAAACAUUGGCUCCUAGAUUCAACCUGUCCGACCCCAACAGCAACAUCAACAACAACAACAACAACAUGUGCAGCAGCUCUGUUAGUGAAGAGGACUCAGGCUUUUUAUCUUCAGAGACUCCAAUCACUAAGGAGUUGGAUGGUCUGACAGACAGUGUGGCUGGACUAUCAGACAGCUGUGCUGGACUGCUGGACUCUCGUCUGUUGGACGGAGGACUGCUGGAUGUCCCGGACGUGCAGUACGCUGAUGAAGACUCUAGUGAGGAGGACCAGUACAAGCCUAAGCAGCAGACUGACCCUGCGCCUGUCAUUGAAACAAUGACUCCUGAUGAAGCUGACAACCUGCUGAGCUCCAGGAUCCUGGAGAAACGAUCUCGCAGCCACGAGGCACUACUGUCAGAUGAGGAGGCUCAGGAGGUGGUGAGACUGUUGUCUCCUGACAAAGACAAACAGACGGAGCCUGAGUGGCUUCAAGAUGUUCUAUCUGCAUCCAUGGACAACAGACUAGCGAGUUCUACUAGACAAGAGGACUCCCUGCUAGGGUCCACUGCUACUAUAGACUCCUCAGUGGCUGAUGCUAGUAGUCAUCUCGGCUCUCAGUCAGAUCUAUUAUCUGUUAACAGCCUUGAUGACCUGGACAUAUCAAGAGACAAUGAGGAUGAAGACGACCCUUACCAUGGAUUUGUACCUGAGCCUAAUAGAGAGGUGUACGAGGAAAAGGGCAUCCACUACUAUGAGGACGGCCACUUCUGGAUGGAGAUGCCGGGAUUGCAGGAGGCGGAGGAUGAACCGAACAUCCCUGUCAAACAAAACACCAAGGUCACCUUCAGCCAAGGACCUAUUAAGGUGUACAGUACAUUCUCUAUGUCCGAGUAUGACAGACGUAACGACGACGUAGACCCGGUGGCAGCUUCGGCUGAGUACGAGUUGGAGAAGAGAGUUGAGAAGUUGGAGCUACUGGAGGUUGAGUUGCUGAAGGGGCCAGAGGGGCUGGGGCUGAGUAUCAUAGGUAUGGGGGUAGGAGCUGAUGCGGGGCUGGAGAAACUGGGCAUUUUCGUGAAGACCAUAACAGAGAAUGGAGCAGCUGCCAAGGAUGGGAGAAUACAGGUGAAUGACCAGAUCAUAGAGGUGGACGGCAAGUCUCUGGUCGGAGUGACACAAGCUUACGCAGCCUCUGUGUUGCGCAACACUUGCGGACCCGUCAAGUUUGUCAUCGGACGAGAGAAAGAUCCUCACAACAGCGAAGUGGCGCAACUCAUCAGGCAAUCUCUGCAGGCUGACAGAGAGAGAGAAGAGCACAGGCGGCAGAUGGAACGGCAACGCAACCAACUGUUGGAUCAAGAGAACAACCAGUUGGCAUCAACCAACGAACAUGACAACGACCAACGGACAAACGAGGACAUCAGCUUGGAGGGCCUCAAACUGUUGUUGCAAGAGAGCCGACUGCGUACUGCAGUUGCGGAUGCCGAAGUAGCCACUUUAAAGGCUCGGGUGGAGGAGUUGGAAGAGACCGGAGCCAGCAGGGAGGAGACUAUGGAGAGGUUACGACAGGCAAGUUUACGUGUCAGAGAGGUUGAGCGCAGUCUGGCCUCGGCUAGGAAGGAUGUGUCAACGUAUCAAGACAUGCUAGAACAGUCUCAGGGUCAGUACAUUGUGCUGGAGAAGAAAUAUUACAAGGCCAAGAGGUUGCUGAGGGAGUUUCUGCAAAGAGAAACAGACCUGUUGCACAGAGAGGAGUUCUACAUUCAACUACUUCAAGAGAAGGACACUGAGUACAACGCAUUGGUCAAGGCACUCAAAGACAGGAUCAUCCAAGUAGAGGCAGAGCUGGUGGAGACUCAGAGGGUGGCAGGGUUGCCUGUAGGAUUACCAGGAGGUCCAGCUGUUGCCCCUCGCUUGUCUACGCCUCCGGCCACACGACGACCGUCCGCUCCCCCUCCACCACUACUGCAGCAACUGGGGGCCGAGCUCAGUGAAACUGAGGACAGCGCUGACGAGCAAGACAGGACAGCCACUGUGGAGAGAAAGGUGCCAGCCAAAGAAGAGUUUGAUAAGGCUGUUCCCCAACAUGAGCUGCUGGACAGUUCGGCUCACAAGAGCAAAGCAGAGUUGGCUAUGAGAGGAGGGCUGGCAAACAGACAAGCUCCAACAGGCAAACGAUCUGGCGGACUUAGCAACAGCAGCUCCGACUAUGGCCUAGAUGAAAGCAAUGAUGGAUCUGAUGAUGAGGACAGAAGAAGAGCUUUUGCACAACAGUAUGGAGAUCAAGUUUGGCAUUCAGGACAGUUAGCUGGACCUCCUCCCUCACUGGCUGAGCAACUGAAGCAAGUGUUAGCUGAGAGAGAACGUAGAGCUCAACACGGAGAGAUGAACACUUCUACUACAUCUACAUCGUCAGCUCCUACAUCACUGGAGGAGGAAUUCAGCAUGGCUGUUAACCAAGCUAAUGCUAAAAUCAAGAAAGGCCUGAUCCCCGGCACCCUACAGUACCCUUGGCAGCAGAGUUCUCCCUCUUCAUCAGGCAGUGUAUCUCCGGGAGUAUUAACAGCUGAUCCUAGCCCUUCCAAACUAGGGUCUACAGACUCCAGUGAUGUGUGGAGUCCGCCCCAGCCGUCAGAUCUCAACUCGUCCACCUCUAGUGAGAGGAAGUCUUCCACCCAUAUUUGGCACUCGGCUCCAGUCAGUGACUGGUCGAAAGAACAGGUGUGUCAGUGGCUGAUGGUGCUAGGUCUGGAGCAACACAUCCCCAGGUUCCUGGAGCACCAAGUGACAGGCACCAGUCUCCUAGCACUAGAGUCUCGUGAUCUCAAGAGUCUGGGACUGCUAGGAGACGACAAGACUCGGCUCAAGCGAAAACUCAAGGAGCUUAGAGUGCAGGUGGAGAAGGAGCGAAGGCAGCAUGACAAAGAACGCAAGGAGAAAGAGAGACUGCUCAAAAAGGCAGAGAAACUAGCAGAGAAGGCCAGCCGCAGAAAAUAGAAUGAUCAGUGAUCCAUUAUCACCUGAACUUCUCACAGACCCUUGCUCGCCGAUCAUAUCAUGGUUUUUAUAAUCGUUUAAGCAGAAGUGUAGUAUAGUUAGAACAAAUAAUGAGGUAGAGGACAACUUAGCAGCCUGUAAAAUAAGUGUUCAUCAAUAGGUGUUAACUCUGUUUGUUAACGUCGUAAGUUCGAUCGCAGUGGCUUGCAUCGUCGUCUAAUGAUACUGCCAUCGAAUUGUCAAGUGCAAUGUUUCUUGGGUGCAAUUUUCUUUUUCUUGGAAUUGUGCUUCGCGGUACAGCGAGAAUGGUUGGAAAUUAUUUAUAUAUUUUAUAUUAGUUCCUAUCGAUAUUUUUAUUUAUUUAUUUGUGGAAAAGUGAGGAUUGAAAUCAAAAGUGUUUGAUGUCGCUUAAAAUGUUGGUUCAAUGAGUGUUAUGAACUAAGCUGUAAUUUAAUACUGAAGGGAAACACUUUGAAAUAUAGUUUACUGAAUAUUCAGUUCAGUAGUAAAAUA